AUGAAGGAGUGCACCAUGAGUAUAUGAUAAGCCGUUGCACUGAUAGGGCACUGUCAAAUUUCCCGCUCAAAUAUGCCUUCCCAGCUUUCCCAGCUUGUCUCGCUCAUCGCAAAUGCCACCAAAUUCGUGGAGGAUACAUUCGCAAAGACGACCGAACCCAACGUUCCUUCAUUGGACGACAUCGCUCCCCAUCCCUUAGACGAUCAGGUAUUGUCUACGGAGAUGAGGGAAGCUAUUCAGACAAUAGAGGGCGCAUGCGCACAGCUCUGCGCUCUCAUAGAUCGCCCUAAUCGUACUAUGCUCAGUAGAGUAUUCGGCAUGCUUGAACCAGCGUGUAUCCGCGUCAUCGUGAAUUUCAACAUCGCUGACCACCUCCUUGACAGGCCAGAAGGCCUUCACAUCUCCGAGCUCGGUGCGCUAUCAGGUGUAGAACCUCGUAAGUUGGGCAGAAUCAUGCGACUUCUUGCAAGUAAACAUUGCUUCCGUGAAGUCGACUGCGACGUUUUUGCGAACAACCGCCUCAGCAUGAUGCUCUUAAGCACAAAUGGCGUAUCGUCAUUUGCCGAUCUUAUUACAGACGAAUCGAACGGAGCAGCAUCUAUGCUCACCGAAACCUUAAAAGAUUCGGAUUGGGGACAUUCGUAUUCGCCUGUCCACACGCCUUUCAACUCCUGGAGCAAGUACCCUGGCACCGCAUUCUCAUGGUAUCAAGGUGUGGAAACAGAUAUCGGUGCAGCGAAAGGCGCCCGUUUCGGAACAGCCAUGAAAGGGUGGGGCGACUUUACGGAAGCAUCGGCUCUUGUUGAUGUGUUCCCGUGGGGUUAUUUGCGUGAUGGUGCCACUGUAUGUGAUGUCGGAGGAGGAAUCGGCGUCGUCUCCAUGCAGCUGGUCGAAGCCCAUCCCAAUCUUCAUGUCGUGCUUCAGGAUUUACCCGCACAAAUCGAAAUGGCAAAGAAUGAAGUGUGGCCAAGACUAUGCCCAGAAGCUAUCACAAAUGGGCGCAUUGAAUUCAAAGCUAUUGAUUUCUUCACUGAAUCGCCGGUCAAAGACUGUGAUGUAUACUUUCUGAAAAAUAUCUUACAUAACUGGCCGGACAAAGAAUGCAAAAUGAUUCUAACAGGUGUGAGGAAAGCCAUGUCGACGAAGAGUCGUUUGUUAAUCUGUGACUAUAUCAUUCAGCAUGUGAAUAGAGACAAUAAUACGUCAGAGUCGGUAGGUCUCAAGCUUGCACCCGAGCCUUUGUUGCCGAGCUACGGGGCGGGGCGGAUAACCCAGUACAACAUGGACGUGGACAUGAUGUGCAUGUACAACAGUCAAGAGCGCAGUUUGGAGCAUUUCGUCGGACUCGGCAAGGAGGCUGGUUUGCAGCAUGCGCGUAUAUGGGAUGCAGGAGAGAUCAGCAUUGUCGAGUUUUGUUUGGAAUGAAGGCUUGCCAACGGAAUGACACUGCGUGUAUCUCAGACUUCUCAACUAUGUAUAUAAAGAUCUGAAUUUUCUAACCAAGUAAUGUCACAAGCUCAGCUCUUGGAUUAAGCCCUCGCUCCUCCUAACCACGUCUACCAAUGUAGCCCACGACGGUGUAUACAAUACAGACGUUAUCUUGUGGUCCUCCUGGUCACGUCGAU